CUGGGCGCGUUCUUAGCCUGGACUUGGGCCGGGGACUGACAUAUGCAGGGCUGUGUCGGGCGUCUGCACAACGGGCGAUUGCACGAUGCGUAGUGCUGCACGUACGGUACUGUGCUCUGCUGCUAGUAUUAUUCCCCGUUCCGCUGGGGUUACCGCUACAGUAUUAGACACUGCAUAAAUCCAACCUGCUACUACCUGCUGGCUUAUCCGCUGCUGAGACAUUUGCUGACGAGCAAGACAAAAACAAUAGCCACAUAACUUUAAAUGCCCUGAAAGAAGAGGCGUUUUACUGGGCAUUCCUUGCCCUGUCGUUCUUUUUGUUCGUAGUGGUUUGAGGACUGUCUCAGUCAAAGCGAACUCGCGGAUUGGAUUGGAUUGGAUUGCCCUGCGUAAUAACACACAAAGCAGGCGGCUGGCAGGCAGCAUGGAUCGGACGGAGACGCAAUUCAAAGACGGCCGUCAAUCCAAUUCGUAUAAACAAUGGGCAGCAAGGCCCGGGCAAAGAAAGGCAAGUAGAAGAAAAAAAGAAGAGAAAAAAAGCCACCUGCAAGCUGCCGUGUUUACCGAUACAGCCCGCCACAGUGUGCCUCUGCUGCCGUCGCUGCCGCCACCGUAUAUGGAAAUGCCUCUCUCCGUUCUGAAGGUUGACCGCCGGCAGGAGAAAACGCCUCUUUGUGCCCUUCCCAGAUAUGACCUCAUAUAGACAGCCUGGGGGCUCCAUCAACUAGCGGCGGCUCCGAUGCGGUUGGUGCGUGCCGUGGCAGGCUAAGCCCGAGCUUGAAUUAGUCCAGACAAUGAGACUUGCGCUGCGCUAUAUCAAAUACAGCUCUUCUGUAUACAUCACUGCUGCUGCUGAUGUAUCACGCGUUACUUCAGAAUACAGCUUUCCAUAGUUGAUGGGCUCAAUCGCCUGUGAAACCCCGUCCUUGGACCAGCGGUGUCUGUCGGCCGGCGCCCGCCCUCCUCCACAGCUCGAUGCUCCCCAACCCUCACGUGGGGUUUCGCCCAAAACCGCCAGAGCCUCUCCGCUCGACUUACGUAGACAGUGACAUGCAACACGCCUUGUCUUCAGCACAGGCCAUACUCAACAGGAGCAUAGAAAACGGGCGUGUAAAUAUUCAUUUUCGUUUAUGAGGGCAUAAUGUCGCUGUUUUCUUUACUCAAGCGGCAUAACAGCCACAACCUCUCCACACUACGAAGCUCACCAUGGGCCGAGAUAUCUGGCUCACUGGGCGACCUUGGCACGCUGCUGCCCCUCAUGAUUGCAUUGGCCGCGCAGGGUUCAGUCAAUUUGGGCUCAACAUUGGUGUUUUCGGGAAUAUUCAACAUCGUCACGGGCCUGAUCUUUGGCAUCCCACUCCCCGUGCAGCCCAUGAAGGCUAUUGCCUCGGCAGCAAUCUCGACCCCCGAUGAUAAACCCCUUCCAGUUGUCAUGGCUGCCGGCCAGUAUGUUGGUGCGGCGGUCCUCCUCCUUAGUGUUACCGGCCUGCUGCGCUGGGCUGUCGCCGUCGUGCCCACGCCCGUCGUCAAAGGCAUCCAGCUUGGAGCGGGAUUGUCUCUUAUAAUUGGAGCGGGCUCAUCUUUACUACAGCCUCUACACUGGGUCUUACCAAUCUUGGACAACCGAUUGUGGGCGCUGCUAGCCUUUCUUGUUCUAAUUGCCACGCAGCGAAUGCCUCGUUUUGCGUACGCUCUAUACUUUUUCCUUUUGGCGUUAUUCAUCGCGGCGAUUCGCACCGUGGAUCAUCACCAUGGCCUUCCCUGGUUCUCCAUCUGGUCGCCACGCUUUGCACUGCCUGCGUGGUUUUAUACAAACCACUGGGCAGCCCUUUGGAUGGCCAUUGGACAGCUGCCGCUGACGACACUCAACUCCAUCAUUGCGGUCUGUGCCCUCGCUAGCGACUUGCUUCCAGACCGACCUACGCCAUCUGUGACUUCAGUUGGUAUGAGCGUUGCGAUUAUGAACUUGACCGGCACUUGGUUUGGGGCAAUGCCUGUGUGUCAUGGCGCAGGCGGCUUGGCGGCCCAACAUAGAUUUGGGGCUCGCAGUGGCGCAAGCGUCAUCAUUCUUGGAAUUUUCAAACUCGUUCUAGGCUUGAUCUUUGGCGAGACGCUGAUUGAUCUCUUGAAAUGGUAUCCCAAGAGUAUACUGGGCAUCAUGGUUCUCGCUGCGGGCUUGGAGCUUGCCAAGGUUGGCCAAAGCCUCAACCAGGGAGCCCGUGACUUGUGGCAGGAGUCGGCUACAUCUCGUUUACACCGCACACUCUCAGACGAAGAACGUGGAGAGCGAUGGACAAUUAUGCUCAUGACAACAGCCGGUAUCUUGGCCUUUAAGAAUGACGCAGUAGGCUUCCUAGCUGGCAUGCUUUGCCACUGGGCCUUUCAACUAUCACACAAGAUCUCCGACCGCGGGGGUCUAUUUUCUCGUCUGUCAACUGAGCGCACGCCUUUACUUGGAUAGAAUUAUGUUCAAUUACGUGUACCAACGCCGUUAAAAUGCUAGUCUAUAUUUUUGUGCCGUGUUGCGCGAUUCGCCUGUGCUGUGCUAACCAGGUCAAAAAUUCAAAAAUGCUUCGGCAUACCCAGCUCUUCGCUUGUGUCCUUUGACCAAUUAUUGUAGUGCGAGCUAUGGAUCUCCUUGACUUUUUCGAGAAGAUAGUGGUCGACAAAGAACCAAAUGCCGCCGCAAAUGGCCAAGCAGACACCCUCGACAAUAGCAGUCACCUUGGCCGUGGCGCUCCAGACACCGUUCUGUUGAGAGUACACGCCGACAAGUGUCGAGAUUAAACCUGCAAGGCAGUUGGCCAUGCCGGGGACCAGAAGCUUGUUCAGAAGCCAGACAUAGUUCUUCAUAUGCAAGAAGGCCAGGAAGGUCAUGCCCAGAAGUGACGCGGCACAAAUCAAGGCGCCAAUGACCAAGAGCGGAAUAUUCUUGACGCUCUUAUAAAUCGACUCGGCAGUUUUGUCGGCCCAGUCAUCCUUGCCAUGGUUGGCUUCGAUGCUUUUUGAAAUAGUCGUAAAGGUACCAGGAAACACCAGGAAGCCCGCCAGCAAGAGCCAGACGAAGAAAGAGGCCAGCACUGUGUGUAGCUUCGGGAUGGUAUCAACCUCUAGCAGCAUUUGCACGUAGCGCGAGUGCAUAGUGCUGACUCUUGGAAGAGGCUUUGGUUGAAAGUCGAAUUCGCUAUCGGCAGACGGGUUGCGCUGCGGAGCGUGGUGCGCCGGAGGAAAUUCCCAUGGCGGCGGGUUGUGCGGUGCUGCUGUGGUCUUGAUACCCAGCGCAGCCUUUGUUUUUGUUUGCAGAGCGUACAUGAUGUUGUUUUAAAUGAAGUUUGGAAGAUUGCCAGCAAUCCAGAUUAACGAAAGAAAGAUAUGUUUAGCGAAGCAAAAAAGUUGGGGGUGUCCGUCUUAUACGGCCGCGCUACGCCAGGCACCAGAACAAGAAUAGAAACAAAGAGAACAGCUGACAGCCAAUCACACCCCGGUACCCAGCUGUUUAGCUGCCACGAAGCAUCAUGAAACAGGAACAACGGUGGGCGUUUGCAGAGGCGGGUGCACCAAAAGAAAUCUGACGGGCGGCUAACGGGCAGAUGAGUGGACGAGACAGCGCCGCCGCUUAAGCGCCGUGGUGGAGAUGGCGCCGGCCGCAGCAAACGGCCCGGCUGGCGCAGUAGCAAACAUGGCGGUUUCGAUUAUGCAUUAAUGUCAUAUUACCGGUAGCAAUGAUUGGGAAUGGCAAUGUAUUUUUGACUUGGCUUAAAGGCAGGGUCUUGGUUUUGCUACAAUGCACACAACGGCUUACACGCAACUUUGAUCAAAUAUUAAGUUCAAUUAAACGCUACAAAAGGAAAACAUUACUACCACAACUACAUCACCACGCUUCAUGGCGUUCCUGUGGGCUACUUCAGUGACAUGGGAAUCCCAAGUCGAUUCGGCCUAAAUAUCGGCUUUAUCGGACCGUCUGGCUGCUCAGUGGUAUCGUUCGGACUUGCACCACCGACGUUGACGCUGUAGUCGAAUUGAGGUGAAUACUGGUCAUAGAAGGCAUCUUUGCCGAGAAGAGCGAAGCCGGGAUCGGCCUCCACCUUAGCAGACGGCCAGCAGGGCGAGUUGGUAGUUAGACCGUCAAACUCGUCCUUGUCAUGCUGGAACUCGGUAAUGGUAAAGACAGGUAUCUUGUCUACGUCAAUCUUGCAGCGUUUUUCCGUCCCGUGAGGCCAAAACACGGUCUUGCCAGCCUUGUCCUUUUCGCAGAGAGCCUUGAGGGUCGGUCCAUCGAUAUCCUGAAGCGGCGCGGUGAAGCACACGUUGCUCCACAUCUUGCUCGAUAGUCUGCUGUCCUUUCUUGGUAUAAACCGGACCAAUUGUGCAUCCUUUCGCUUACCACCUUCCAGGAAGUCAGGGGACUUGGCGUCGAGAAGCUCUGACGGCGGCCACACGGCCUUGUCGCAGAGAGCUGACAAGUUCUGGGCCUGUUCCUUGUUAUCCUUGAGAUUGGGAGGGAGGUCUAGCCAUCCUUGGCCAGAGUGUUCCUUCUGCCAGGCGACUGUAGCGGGAGCUGGGUCACGGUGGACGGCUGUUGUGCCAGCAUCUGGGGGACAGGUAACUGUUGCGAACUUGCUGUUCUGUCGAAUGGCGGAGCUGUAGUGAUGGCACGCUUGGCCGUAUUCUUUGGAGCAUGUAGCUGUGGCCAUGACGGUAGGAACAGAUGUGGCAGUAGGAUAGUUGAUGCUGGUUACGACCCAGUUCGUCGUGGUCGUCUUGUGGUCAUCUGCACAGGCUAGCUCGCGGACUGUGUGGACGCCAAUCUUGCGGAACUGCUUCUCCUUGGGGAUCUCGCAUUUUUCCAAUAAUUGGGGAACCUUUUUCAAGGCCUCUCUGCCCUCGGGGGGGCCUGGGACCUCAGCCUUGGCCAGACGAGCCUUUUUGAACGGGUUGGUUUUAUCGCCUAGUUUCCCGCUGUGCUUCGCAACGCCUUUAGGGGCCUUGAAAGGCUUAAGGUGGCCAGAUACCUCGUCCACAAUGUCAAAUGCCUUUUUCAGGUCAUCGGGAACCAGCGAUGUGUCGCCACAGGGAGAAAGCCACCAGUCGAAAGCCUCUUUGGGUCCUUCGGAGUCUGGAUAGAGGUACUGAAAGGUCUGGAUGGUGGUUGUGAUGGCGUCUUGUAUUAUCCAUUAGAUUUUUACUGGUAGCGGUGGCAGUUUUAUGUGACAUAACGUACCAAGGCCAAGCUCGAUGGGCUCGCCAAUCUCGGGGAAUAGUUUUAGACCAAUUUUUACGAGCGAUUCGAAAGCUCGCAUGAAAAUGAAGCAUCCAAUCUAUUACACUUGUAAGUAAAAUUUUCAUGGUUAAUGAGGUAGUAGACAAUCGUUGUUCUUACCUCGGCAAGGGCGGCCAGAUUCUCAAAGACAAACCCGGCCAGCUCAUUGACAAGGCCACUGUUGCAGACGCAUCUACCAGGCGCGAUGCCGUUGAUAAACGGAUCUGGUCCAUUUAUCGGCCACAUACCCGUCUCUGUUUUGGGGAUGCAUCCGUAGUUUGUGAUGAGUGCGCCGUCUGCCUUGGCCUUAUCCAGCUCGGGCUUACAGAGCCUCUCACAUUUCGCUACGUCAGUCUUCGCUGGAUUCACUGAGAUUGCGCAAGUCAAGGCCCUGUCCUUCUCACGCAGGGCAUACUGAUCCACGGGUUUUGAAACACAGUCACCAUCGCUGUCGAGACCACAGACGAAAUACUCAGCAUGUAUCUUGUUCAGUGGUGUCGGGUCGGUAUCACAAAUGUCAGCGGGGCAGUGGCCAUAUCUGCAGGCGACGCCGCACAGGUUAUUGAGUGCAGAAUCGUCAGAAUUGUAGGAUUUGAUGUUGGAUUUGGUCUUGUCCCCUGCAGGUAGUGGUUUGACUUCGCUGCUAUGCUCGAUGCACUCGCACUUGGUUGCCUCACAGACACCAAGGGCACAGGUAAAUUGGCACAAGUCACCAGUCUGGGGUUUGAGAUCUAUUCCGCGCGUGCAAUUAUCUCGGUUGAUUUUUCUAUCGCCCAAAUCAAUGGCAUUAUCAGGAGGAGGGGGCGGGUCGACUGCCAUGCAGAGCAGGUUACCGCUUGUCAAGAGCAAAGAGAUGCCGUUGAGGAGACGCAUGAUGAAUGGUAGGGGGUGUGAAAUGAAUGUGGCUUUUCAGCAUGGUAGCAAUUCCAUUACAG